CUCUAUCUGGGCAGCCAAAGGAACUGCUUCAUUGACUCCUACCAGCUGUGUGGAAAAGCAGGAUCUAUUGCGUUAAAAUAGUGGAGAAAGUGAGUGAACAUGGAAGAGGAGAUGGUUGGAGGGACCACUCCAGGAAGACCAGUGGACUCAGAGUCCCAGAAACGAAGCUCCGAGGAUGCGGUUCAGCAGGAGAGGGGCAAGUGGGCCAACAAGACUGAAUUUCUGCUCUCCAUGGCUGGUGAGAUCAUUGGCCUGGGCAACGUAUGGCGCUUCCCUUAUCUGUGCUACAAGAACGGAGGAGGUGUCUUCUUUAUCCCGUACUUUGUGUUCCUCUUCUUCUGUGGUAUCCCUGUGUUCUUCCUGGAGACGGCAUUGGGCCAGUACACCAGCGAGGGCGGGGUCACAGCCUGGAGGAAGAUAUGUCCCAUGUUCGAAGGAGUGGGAAUUGCAUCCCAAGUGAUUGUGGCGUACUUGAACAUCUAUUACAUAGUGGUGCUAGCCUGGGGUCUGUUCUACCUAUUCAACUCCUUCAGGAAUCCACUGCCCUGGUCCACCUGUGACAAUGAGUGGAAUACUGAGAACUGUCAUAAUUUGAGUUCCAUGUUGUUGAACCCACACCUCUCCCAGUUGGACUCAGACUGGUCCUUCCUUCACAACCAGACAGACUAUAAUGACUACAAUAUGUUGAGUAAUGAAACCAUGAAGAUCACGUCUCCCGAGGAGGAGUUUUGGGCGUAAGUUUAAAACCAAUCAUAACUUCUGAAAUACACACGCACACACACGCACACACACAUACUGAUAGUGAUGAUGAUGAGUCAUGCUGACAGACAAUAUAGGGCCCACCCAACGGCCCAGCAGCCCAGAAGAACACCGGGUAAGGGAAAUUAGCCAAUUACUGCCUGGAGGGAACCAUAAAACAACCAAUUAGAGGGCUCGAUAAGGAUUAUUUUGUGUUCAAAUUCAGUGUUGUUGUUUUGUUAGACUAGUCUGGUGAUUUCGUAAGAGGCCAUGGUUCUUCCCACAUGAUACAUUCCUGAUGGUGUUUCCGGGUGGUGCAGGAUUGGGACAUGGG